UUUCUGUCGCUGCGUCACUAGUAGAUUGUAGCACCCUCAUUUCUUAUAAUUUGCCAUCAAUAGUUCUCUGUAUUUUGUUAAUUCAUUAUAUUAUUUUCAAUAAGAUUGAGACUACUUGUUUUAUAUUUACAAAUCAAAUGAAGUGAAGUUGUGUUGAAUCGGCUGUGUAUGUUAGAACUGAAAAGUUAAGCUUGUGUGCAAGUAUCGAUUUCAUGAUUGUAUGCGAUCCUUUGUUGAAUUUCAUUUUUAAUCAACGAAAAUUUUUUGCGUAAUGCAUAUUUACAGUUAAUUUUGAUGUUCAUAAUUUCAUUUAAUUCUUCUAUUUUUUCUAUAUAUUUAUUAUCUUGUUAUUCUUAUGAAGAAAUUAUAUAUUGAAACGAAUUACUCGUGCAGUGGAAUAAAAUUGGAAGAUUAGGGCACUUUCUAUUUAUGAGCUCGUGAUUGCAUUUAAAUUUUCUUAAUCCAUAUUUCGAUUAGUAAAAUGGCGAGUUUUAAACCGCCAUAUGGACUAAAAUCCAAUAAACAACCGUAUGAUGCUUCUACAUUCAGAUGCCAGAAAUGCUUGGAAAUUGGCCAUUUUACAUAUCAAUGCACUGGUAAAAGGAAAUAUGUGAGUCGACCUAGUCGGACAGAAUUGUUGAAUAAAAAACUGAAAUCGGACGACGAUGCAGCGCAGAAUGUUUCUGAUGAGAAGAAUGCUUCUGAUCAGCAGAAUGUUUCUGGUGAGCAAAAUGUUUGUGAUAAGCAGAAUGCUUCUGGUGAGCAAAAUGUUUCUGGUAAGCAGAAUGUUCCUGCGGAGCCCGUACCUUCCACUAGUGGCUAUCGGGUUAAUGCAAUGCGUGCUGAUAAUAUGAAAGAUGAUGCCUCCAGUCAUUCUUCUGCUCAUUCAAGUACAUCUGAAGAUUCAGAAAGUGAUAGCUCGACCUCCAGCUCCAGUGUCUCUUCAUCAAGUUCAAGUUGCUCCAGUUCAUCAGCCUCAAGUUCAUCUAGUCAGAGCAGCUCAAGCUCAUAUACUUCAAGCUCUGAUAGUGACUGAAUUUCAGAAUUUUUAUUUCUUCAUUGAAUAUCAAAAUUGAUUUUUUUAUAGCCAAGGGACUGCAAGAUGGAACAAAAUUUAUUAUCAGAUGCCUCAUCAGACUUGAAAGGGUUAAAGGAAUUUUCAUGGUAAUUGGAUUAUUUUGGAUGGGACAUUUUUGGUAAGUUUCCGUUUUUAAUUAAAGCAAUUUAAUGAAUAUUGGAAACAUUCUGUUUUGAAGUUAUUAUAUCAGGUUUAGAUGUUUUGAUAUUUUAAAGAGCUUUUCUGACUAAAAUUAAUUAAAAAGAAAUUGCUGUGGAGGGGAUUGGAAAAUUUAGUUUAUUAUUAUUAUUCUAAGCUAAGAAUCUGUUCUAUUUCAGUAUUCACAUUAUCAGAACAUUUUAUUUAUUAUAUUUAUCCUCUAAUAAGUAAUUCUUUUUAAACCUUUGUAACAUAUAUGAUAUUUUUAAAAAUAUGUUCUUAUAUUUUAAAGGAUACAUAUGGCUAUUAGUUUAAGAAAUGCAGAAUAUUCCAAAAAAUAAUAAUAACUUAAUUUUCAAACAAAAUGCUUAAUUAUAGACAUUUUUAGUGCAUUCUAAAAACUUAUAAUAGAAUUUUUUCAUCCAGCAAUGGUUCUAACAAUAUUUUAAUGAUUUACCUAUAACAAACUCUUUUACGAAAAAGUAAAAAGUUGUAGAUGACUCAUUAUAUUUUUAAAGAAAUAUAGCCUUAGUUUUAGCUUCUUCAAUGAAAGUUAUUUGUGCGACAAAUAGUCUUUUUUUAUUUCAUAUGCUUUUAAUCUCAACUUUCACUUUAAAAAAAAUUUCCACCUGAUUUUGUUUUAUUGCAUAUAAUAUUUUAUUGCAAUUUGAAGCUGUGUUGAUUUUUGAAAUACUGCUGUAUACUUAGUGAAUUUGGUAAAAGUUGUCCUUUUUUUUUUUUAUCAGAGAUAAGGUAAAAAUGGAAUUACUAAAAAUUUUCAGUUUAUCUUUACCAAAAGGUUUUACUUAGUGCAGAGUGAAAGGCAUAGAUAUGUCCAUCUUUAGCUAUCUGUCUUUAAUUCCUCACAAUGAAGAUUAUUAUCAACUUCUCAGAAAAACAGUACAUUUAUUUUUUAGCUACUUUAUAAAACCCUGCUGUAUUGUUUAUGACUGCUUGAUUUUGUAAAAUCCUUGAAUUUACAUAGCAUUUUAAUUCUGCUCUAAAUUGAACUACAAGACCUUUUUUCAUGUGAUGUUCCAAAGAAAGAGUAAUAAGCUAGACAAUCAAAAUCUGACUCAUAGUGAACAGAAUUUGCCAGCUAUUCUUUAACUGGUUAGUAGGACUAAUGAUCCAAUAAUGAUCUUUUUGAAGAUAAUGUUAAUACAUAGUAGCAGUAAAAAAAAGUUACUUUCAUUGAACACCAAUGCACAUUCAUGAUUUCAAUUUGUUGCCUAAUUGAAAAAUUUUCUAUAAAUUUUUUUUUAUUAACCCGGUCCUUCAAAUUCGCUCCAAAUGCUGAAGCUCUAGGAAUUAUCUUUUCAUGUUGUCGACAUGUUUAGAAAAUGGAGCAACUGUUUUAAAUUUUCAUUUACUUCUGCAGUAAGCAAAAUUAUUUAUGAUUUUAUAGAUUUUCCUUCAGCAUUGAUCCAUUAGUAGAAAGUAAUUAGGGUUUCACUAUUGAUAUAUUCCAAUUCGCCACACAAUACAUUCACACUACACUCUUUGUACACACAAUCUGCCAUUCAAUUUUUAUUAUGUUUUCAAAUUUACUUACAGUUAUAAUAAGCAACUCCUUAGCAUUAUGAAUUUUCAAUUUAGAAAAGGAUUUCUUAAAUUCGAUAAGUAACAAUUCUAUGUUUUUAUGGUAUAUCCAGUAAUACACUUCCCUGUCUUUCUGUUAUUGGAUGAGUAUGUUUUGUUCUUAAAUUAUGGAAGCAGCUAGUGCCAAUUUCUGCAAUAGAUUCUUGUUUGAAGCUCAUGCUUUAGUAUUUUUGUAUUCUGUUUGCCAUUGCAAAUAAUUUUUUUUUAUCCUGGAUUGAAUCCAUUUGUAUCAUCAAUUUUUUUAAAGGAUUUCUUUUAUAGUUUCUCUAGCAGUAGCCAAGUCUUUCUUUUGGGCUACUUUUCAUGUUUAAAUAUCUGAAGGAAAAUAUUUUUUGAAAGAAUACUGUUAAUAAUGUAAAGAAAUAUUGUAAAUGUCUCAUAAAAAAUGCAAAUUUAUAUGGUGGAAAAUCCUUUAUAAAACUUUACUAUUUUAUUUCUAUUGUCAUUCACAAUUCUAAAUUAUAAAAAAAAAAUCUUUAAAUGAAAGGCACAAAGCUAUUAAAGAUAAUAAAAUUUAUUUUAUGAAACAUGUUUGUUUUAAAUUUAUUAAUUAGGCAAAUUAUGUAUUUAACAGUCUGUCCCAUUUCAGUAUGUAACAUUGUUUCUUGUUUGAUACCCCAUUUUAUGUAAAAAAAAAAAAAAGAACUAUAUAAUGUGAAUUUAGAUCAUCAUUUUUAACUUAAAAGAAUCUAAACAUAAUUUGCUUUCUUUUUAAAAUAUUAUUCAUUAUAAUUAUAAAAUAAGCAGCAGUUAUAAAUAGUGAGGCAUGACACAUUCCUUUGAAUUUCAACAUUUCCUGAAUGAAAUUUUAUCCUUGAGAUCGAUUAGUUUUCUUUUAUGUAAUGAUUCCACUAUACUUUUAAUAUUUCAAACAUUCUUUAUAUGAAUUUAUUCACCUUGUUGUUCAGUUAAUCAUAAUUAUUUUACUACUCGGUGUUUGUUUAGUAUAAUUCAUUAUUUUAUGCUCAACUUUUUUUUUUUUUUCGCUCAAGUUCUGUGUAAUGUCUGACAAAGAAAAUAUAAUUAAAACAUAAAAUUUUACUUUUAUCAUGUAAAAAUAAAGAUUUACUUAUAAAAAUAUAACUAAUUGUGCAGUCUUCUGAAACACAUAGACUUCAGGGAAAUAAGAUGAUUGACAAGGCUUUAAAUAAAUUGGAGCUGAUUUUGCCACCACUUUAAAAUGAAAUUCACCAUAACACUGUGCCCCACCUUCCCCUAUAGCAAAAUUGAUUUUAAUACAACAUUGUAAGUUUUAUAAAAUAACAAGACUAGAAACAGUUUUCAUGUGCAGGCAUCGGAUUAUAUUUGAUAUAACCCAAAAUCACUUUUAUAAUUUGCCUGAGCAACAUUACGCAUGGUUAUCUGAAGAUUUACCAGCUUGCUAUUAGAAAUAAUUUAACCUCAAAUUAUAACUGGCAAGAAAUUUUAUUCCUUUGACUGUUUAUUGAAAUUAUCUAAGAAACAAAGAUUUUUGUAUUAAACUGUGGAAAUUGUGUAUUGUUUGUGCAGAAGAGCUAGAACUCUUCUAAUGUAAGAAAGUACUAAUUUUUAAUUAAUUUUAAUUUUUUUAAAACUUUUUUCCAACUAUCUCUGUGAGAUGAAGUUUUCUGUCAUAUAAGAGAAGAGACACAUAUGUGUAAAACAAUAUAUGUUUCCUGUCAAUAUUGGAAGCUCUAAGAGAAAUUUAUUAAAUUGAUGAUGGAUUUAGAUUUUGCUUACAAGAUUAAAUAAAUUAGUGAUUAUUUUUACAAAAGAAAAAAAGCUGCAAGCAUUGCUGUUCUACAUCAUCUAUACACAUGCCGCCCCUGGUUUUAAAAACUGAUCUUUUCUUCUAACAGCUUUUCUUUUGAAAGUUUCUAGAUUUUACUUAUAGUUCUAAUGUGAAUACAAGCUCUCAGUAUUUAUAUUUACAGUUACUUGAGGGUUUUUUUUUUUUUUUUUUUUGGUACUAUAUGGAGCUCAAGAAAUAUUGGCAUGAUCUUAGAGAGAGAGAGGGUAUAUAAUCUAAUGCCACCAGUAAACCAUUAGAUUAUAUUAACCACAGUUUUAAUUAAAACUGUUGGUUGAAAGUUAUAUGUUUGAGAUAUUAAUAUGGAUGAGUUCUCAAUGUUGUAAGAUAUUUGGGUUUUUUAUGCCAUCUGCAGAACUAAGAAUAUUGGCAUAGUCUUAAAGAGAAGAUAUACUUCAAUCUGAUGCCAUCAGUAAACCAUUUUAAUUAAAACUGUUGGUUAUAUGUUUAAAAUAUUGAUGUGUAUUAUAUGUUCAAUGUAAUAAGUGUUUUUAAGGAAAUCAUUAGAGUAGUGAACAUAACUAUAUUAUAAUAACUGGCAAAGAUGACAGUUAUUAUUUUUUUGUUAUUGUUAAAUGUUUUUAUGGAUCAUAAUUGUGAAUAUCUUUCAUAUGCUGCAUUGUCCUAUCCAUCUGGUUUUAUUGUUUUUAUGGUUCCAAAUCAUUAUGUGACACUUUUAAAAAUGCAUUUCAAAGGUUUAAAAUAAAAAAUCUGUAAAUUUAUAGAUGUAAUGAGUUUUUAAUAAUAGAUGUGAUGAGUGUUUAAUAAAAUGUGUUACUUAAAAAUGAGCUAAAUUAUUCUAAGGUAUCAGUUUUAAGUGUACACUCACAUGGGGCAAUUCCCACCGAUUUUGCUGCCCCAAUGAUGUAAACUAUUUCUCUUCUGCUUUGUGUUUUUUAAAUAUUUAUUUGAAAGAAGAAGAAAAACCUAGUCAUUUUUAUGGUUAAUUUUUAACUUUUAAAAAAUGUCUCCCCUCCUCAAAGCAUAAAGGAGAACUUAUGUCAUUUUUUAAAAGUGCCUUUGUAACUAUUUUCAGAUUAGGCAUCUUUUUAUCGCCUGCCCUCCCCUGCCAAAAUUUAAUAUUCAGUAGCUUUAAAACAGCUAACAAUAGAAAUGAAAGUCAGUAGCUGAACCAAAUUCCAUUUUAUUGUAUAGGAAAAUGUUUUUAUUAAACCUGAGACAAAACCAUUUUUAUGCUUUUUGAAAAAAGCAGACUUAUAAUGUAUAUUUUAAGUUUUUGAUUCAUUUGUAAAGAAAUGCAACUUGAUAUGUGUUGUACAUUUUUUCCAAUCUUGUGUCAAUGU